UAGGCAUUGGUUGAGGAACAGAGAAAGAGAGAGUGCACUAUAGCUGUUCCUUCUUGAUAAGGAAAGAAGAGGAGAGAGAGGGGCGCUGGACGUCAUGGCAUCGAAAGACACCGUCGCGACUGGUUUUCUCCCCGUGAGCCGGGAAAUGACAGAGAGCAUCAGGCGUAUUAUCGACAAAACAUCAAUAAAGCUUGUGAGAGCUAUCAAAGUAGAGAGCAAGAGUGGCAAAUCAGAAGAUCGGAUUCUGGUUCUGGCAACAUGGAGGCUGUACCUCAUGUUCCCCAAGAUACCAACAAAGGUGGAACAAACAUUCAACUUCCUGGAGAUUCGGGCAAUGAACACCCACCCAGAUUAUCAAAUUGUCAUAGAAACAGACAAGUCCACAUAUUCCCUGAGGCUGCAGUCUAAUGACCACCUGGAUCAGCUGAUUAGCCACAUCAACUUUGCACUCUCUCGGAUCUUCAACAACUCCAUCUACACUCCCACUAUCUUUCAUACAGAUGGAGAAGUUACUGAUGGAAGUCGUAAAUUCUCUCCAAGCUCUGAGAGUUCGUUGGAAACCCAAAGGGCAUGUGGGGGUUUUUCUGAGACCUAUGCAGCUCUGUGUGACUACAAUGGCAUCACUUGUAAAGAGGAAGUGCAGUGGGAUGUGGACACAAUCUAUCAUUCACAGGACAAUAGAGAGUUUAACCUCCUGGACUUCAGUCACCUGGAAAGCGGGGACCUUGCAGUGAUUGUGGCUGCCAUGGCUUAUAACUCAUGGUUCACCAAACUUCAUUGCAAAGACUUGCGCAUUAGUUCAGAGGUCGUGGAGCAGAUUUUGCACACUGUCAGUAAAUCCAGCAGUUUGGAGGAGCUCACAUUGGAAAACGCAGGCCUUAAAGCAGAUUUCCCACAGAAAAUGGCCACUGCCCUGUCAGAAAACCCAGCAUCAGUCAUACACUCUAUUAACCUGGCCCACAAUACACUGGACAACCAAGGAGUGUCUAACCUCAUCCAGCAGGUGUGUCGGCUUAGUAAAGGUUUGCGUCUGUUGAACCUCUCCAAGACAUCGCUUUCUUCAAAGGGUGUCACAUCUCUGUCUCAGGCUCUGUGUUCCAGUGACGACUACUCCAACUCACUUCUGCAUCUGAACCUGAGUAAGAACCCAGGGAUUCUGUCUGGAGAGGACGCAACGAAUCUGUACCUCUUCUUGGCACAGCCGAACUGCCUAGUGCAUUUGGACCUGUCAGGCACUGAUUGUGCCGUAGACUCGUUAUUUGGAGCUCUGCUGCGGGGCUGCUGUGCCGAUCUCUCCUACUUGAACCUCUCCAAAAACUCUUUCUCUCAUAGGAAAGUGAGAGAGACACUUCCUUCCUUUCGUCAGUUCUUCAGUUCAGCAUUCAGCCUCACCCACAUCAGUCUGGCUUCUAUGAAGAUGCCUCCCGAUGUGUUGAGGACUCUGUUCCUUGGGCUUUCGUCCAAUCCCCACAUCACUGACCUGCACCUGGACAUCAGUGGCUGUGAGCUCAGGUCUGCUGGAGCAGGUAUAAUACAGGACCUGUUCCCCCGAGUCUCCUGCAUCAGCACACUGGACAUCUCAGACAACGGGCUAGAUGCUGAUCUGCUCUCUGUCAUUCCUACCUUCUCCAGACACCCAUCCCUCAAACACCUGCUGCUGGGCAAGAACUGCAACAUCAAGGGCAGGGUUCUGGAUGAGGUCCUGCAGAAACUAGUGCAGCUAGUGCAGGAGGAGGAGUGUGCCCUGCAGAGUCUGUCUCUGGCUGACUCCAGGCUGCGUUCGAGGGGCACGGUGCUUGUGAACGCUCUCGGCAGCAAUGCCUGUCUGAAGAAGGUGGAUUUGAGUGGGAACGGACUGGAGGACACAGGAGCAAGGAUGCUCAGUAAAGCCCUGCAGAUCAACACCACACUCAGAAGUGUGACAUGGGAUCGAAAUAACACAUCUGCCACAGGUUUCCAAGAUGUGGCUCGAGCCCUUGAACAUAACUUUACUUUGCAGUACAUGCCUAUCCCACUCAGUGAUGUCACACAGGCAUACCGCAACGCCCCUGACAAGACAGAACAGGCAUUAACCAAGAUCCAACGGGCUCUGUUGAGGAAUAACCAGACACAGCGUUUCUCUCAGAAACAGGCUCUCCGAUUGCAUCAGGGCCUGGUUACCAGUACCGCAGAACAGGUGAUGGAGCGUCUGUGUGUGCGCGUGCAGCAGCAGGUGUGUGUUUUGAGAGGAACAGGUGAAGAGGAGGAGCUACAGGCUGCCAGACAGGUCCUCAAGGAGGCCAGGAAUUCUCGAGCUCUGUAUCCAUCUCUGUGUGAGCUAGCCCAUGUGUUGUCAGUGGAUGGGCCCGUGAGACAGAGGCUGGACUCGUUGGCUGGAGAACUGGCCAAGGCUGCUGAUAAAGAAUUGCAGGUAAUCGUGGACUCUAUGGUGUCUCUGUGCCGGGAACUGUGUCCACUUUCAUGUGCCGCUGCGGAGUGUCUUUCUCCUCCUCUCUCCUCCAUCUCUGAGCGUGUGUCCAUCCCUCGUUCAUCAAUCCGCACGGCGCUCAUGGAGAGAGCAGCUCAGGAUAUCAACAGAGCUCUGGAGGAGGUGAAACUGUCUGUGGUCUCCUAUCUCACCAACUCAAUUGUGGACCAGAUCCUGCAGGAGCUCUAUGCUACACACAAAACCCUGCUCCGGCAAGUUUCGCAGAUGAGACGGCUGGAAGACGGGGGAACGGCCAGACGCACGCACAGACACACCGACAUACUGGACGUGGUGGAGGAUGACUUUGGCAUCAGCAUAGACACAAUCGCUAUUAAGAAACGCAGCUCGAGGACCAGACGCAUCCGUCCCGUGUCCAACAGACUCAGUCUAGGUGACGACCCUAACUCUUCACCUUUAGUCUCCACUCCUCAGACGUCUGCUCCCCUUUCACGCUCGGCAUCAUGGGAAGGUCUGUCCACCCUUCCUACCCAGGGUUCACCUCUGCGUCAUGUGACUCACAUCAGACCCCGUCCACCACGAAGGCACAGGGCUGCACAUGCUCCCUUUGAGACACACUGCUCUGAAAAUGGUGGAGUAUCUCUACUGGAUGAUGGACUGCCUGACUUCUACACAAAGAGAGUUUUACCAGACAGUCAGCUGUCCUCCCACCAUCACGCUCAGGCUCUGAGGAGAAAGAAGAGACGCAGUGUGCUGUCAAUCUUUUCUGGGUUCAGAAAGAACAGAAACUCUACCAUACCUUAUCAGGAGCCAGAUCCUACAGGAAGGGGCGGGGCCUGUGGGGACGAAUGUCGCACUAAUAUUGCCACUGAGAAUGUGUACUCCUUGACUCAGCACCCAAAGGAUCGUGGAAGAUUAGACCCAGGCACUGAGGGCACUAAUGGGAGGCUGGUGGGGCAGGGUGUGCAGAGGACCCCUCAGCUAUCAGGACGGCCCAUUCAGGGUAUACCCCUUCCUGGCAAGAUGGGGAUAAGUCCUUCAUGUUUCACACAGAGACAGUCUCCUGAUUACAGCGAGGUGUUCGGCUCUUCUGAGGAGAUUGGAUAUACUGAACAUGAGAUGGACCGACACUCUGAUAUUGUGGCUAAAGCGCACACAUCAUGUACAGACAGACAGACAGAAUCAGGGAGACAAGAGUCGCAGUCAGACAGCCACAGAAAGACAGAGAGUGUAACUGACUUUCAGCAGCUGGAAACUAGAAAAAUACUUGAACCACCUCCCCAGAACACCAAACCAAGCCUGGCGAAGAUACGACAACUCCAUCUGGAGGAGAGCUCUGAUAAAUCUACUGAAGAUUGUGGAGAACAGAGAGAAAGGGAUGAGGAACAAGAAGAGAGGAGAGGUGGACAAGAGCAGAAAGACCUAAAACCAGAAGGACAGAAUCCACCUAUCCCUGAAAAGCCAUGUUAUUAUUCACCUCACAUGUCUCCCAUUGGCCCCCCACCACAUGACGUGGCCAAUGAGAAUCAGCCACCACCUGCUCCACCCACCUCUGCUAAGCCUGUGUUUCAUUCUGCUUCAGUUGAUUCUGCUGUACUUCAAGGUGAAGAGAUCAAGAGCAGCCCUGGAGGUCCCAUGAAUCCACACAGAAACAGGAAGUCAAACUCAUGUGACACAGGUAUGGAACAAGACACCCGCUGUGAUCUGGAAAGAUCCGCAGAUCGCAAACCCCCUGUGAAAAAACCUAGACUCCCUCCAAAGCGAAAUAAAUCUUUGGAUUUCCCCGGUACUGUGUAAAUGUAUAUGUGUGUGUCAUCAGAGUUCGGAGCCAAGCAACGCUGAAGUAUCCUGACAACCAUUUGAGCCAAAGCUCUGUGAAAGCAGCGGGUCAUUGUGAUGCUGAAAGGAUACAGAGGGAGAGGAAGAGAGAAAGACACGAUCAAUAGAUGAAUUUGCAUCUUGAUGAAAAUUCAUAAAGAGAGGAAAAAAUUCAUAAAGACGCUUGCUUUCAGCUCUCAGUCAGUGUCAUAUUGUCAUUUUAUCACUCUAACCGACCCACACACACAUACACACAUAUUCUUGCUUACUCAAGUGAGUUGUUUUGCUUUCCCUCAAGAUCCUGCACUACUUAAUCAAUUUUUACUUAACCAUCUUUCCUAACCUUCUCCACAUAUAGGGAUAGUUCACUCACUUAAAAAUGAAAAUUAUGUCAUAUUUAAAAAGUGAUGUCUCACCCUCCUGUCAUUCCAAACCAGUAUGACUUUCUUUCUGCUGUGGAAUGCAAAAGGAGAGUUUUUGAAGAAUGUUCAUGCUUCUUUUUUCCAUAUAAUGAAAGCAGAUGAGGACUUGGGCUGUCAAGCUCCAAACAAACAAACAAAAAACAAAAAAACAUAAAAGCAUCAUAAAGUAGUCCAUAUGACUAACGCACUGUAUUACAAAUCUUCUGAAGCCAUUUAAUAGAUUUGUGUAAGGAGCAGACUGAAAUUUAAGCCAUGGUCACUUUUCGCCUUCAUUGAAUGGAAAAGAGCAGCUUGGACAUUCUACUAUAAAAACAACUUUUAUUUUCCAUGGAGGAGGGAAAGCCAUACGGGUUUCGAAAGACACGUAGGUGAGUAAAUGAUGACAGAACUUUGAUUUGUGGAUAAACUGCCCCUUUAACUAUCAUUUCUUUAUUUCUGUCUCUCUCCCUCUCUCCCUCCGAGUCUGCUGACAAUCUUUGACAUAACAGAAUUUUGCUAUUUAUCUUUAAAAUGAUAGAAUGAUAUUUUGUAAAGCAUAAUAUAGAAACAGAACAAAUAUUUGCACUAAUCAUCGCUUGAAUUCUUGUUCCAUUCAGUGAAGGUAUCUCACCCCUGUCCAACAUUACCGUGUGAAGUUUUGUAAUGUACGACUGACUUAUUCUUACUGUUUUUGUCUACAUGACCAAUAUCAUUAGCAGUAUUACUGUUGUCAUGAUCGAGCAUUGUUUAUGCAACUGGAUAAAUGUUUUAAGAGUUUGCCGACCCUAAAUAAGCUUUAUUUUCUACGCAAUGUGAUUGAAUGAAUAAAAAAAUUAAUAUUACACGUGCUUUUGUUCCUUUUUACCAUAUGUGGUGCAUUUUAUUGACAGGUCUCUGAAAUAUGAGGU